UGCCCUAACAAAUGUCGAGACGCUCCCUUUGAACGGCAGAAUGUGAAGAACCACGUGAAAGAUGAAUGUCCCCUCACUGAAAUCGACUGCCCACUCCACUACGCCGGUUGUGAGGUGAGACUGCUUCGCAAAGACAUGCCUGAGCACAUGACAGACACUGUCACACAUCUGACACUGCUGGCUACCGUUACACAGAGCCUCCUGAAAGAGAAUCAGAAACUGCGACAGACAACUGAGGUCCUCAAGAAAGAGAAUCAGAAACUGCGACAGACAACUGAGGUCCUCAAGAAAGAGAAUCAGAAACUGCGACAGACAACUGAGGAUCUCAAGAAAAAGAAUCAGAAGCAGGAGAAAGAAGUUGAAAUUCUCAGAGAAGAAAUGCACCAAAUGAAGGUCAUGGUGGGAGUAUUCCCUAUUGAUUUGCAUGUAAAGUAUGACAAGGACAAGGAAACAAUUUAUUUACCUUCCUUUUACACCCACUCAUCUGGCUACCAAAUGUGCAUUACCUUUUAUUCGAAUGGGCACGGAGAUGGUAAAGGAACUCAUGUAUCAUUAUUCACACAUCUAAUGCAAGGUCCAUACGACGACCACCUGAAAUGGCCGUUCAGAGGAGAGAUAACGGUCCAGAUAGUCAACCAGACUGGAGACCACAGCCACGUCGAGAGGACCAUCUCCUACAAUGAUGAGACACCAGAUGACACGGCUGGUAGAGUGACUGACAAGGAGAGUGCUAACGGAUGGGGGUUUAAUUUCCUAGCUCACACUGAUCUGGAGUACAAUGCUGCAAAGAAAACCCAAUACUUGAAAGACGGAAUCAUCAUAGUCAGAGUUGUUGAAGUUAUAAUCACCCAAUGAUAGUUAUAAAAUUUCUCUGCAUAGAUGAUUAUAAUUGCACAUACUGUUAUGCUGUAUGGUUUAUAUAAUUAUGGCUUGUAUAUAUCAAUGGGUGCACUGCGAACAGCAAAAGCGAUAAUUAUUCAACUUCCACUAAUUCUUACAAAAAUACCACACUUUCAGUUAAAACUCUUUACUGCAUGAUGUGAUAA